AUGUCUAAUUUCCGUGGACGUGGUUUAAAAAAUUUCGGAGGCAGAGCAUUUCAAGGAGGUAGGAGAAGUAGAGGUACUUAUAAUGGCCGACCUGCUGGCUUACGAGGUAAAGAAAUUGGAUUGUAUUAUAAGAAUAAAGGAAAAAUGGAUAGGGUGAUAAAUCUAAAAAUACCUACUCAAAUUUUGUCAGCUGUAAAUGAUAAUUUAAAGCUGAUUGAAUCAAUUGCUAACAAAGAGAACAUUUCCUUAGAACUCCUCAAAAACACUUUGUUCGAAGAUUUUAAAAGACCAAGGAUAGAGACAGUUAAACAUAGAAAAAUUCAUUGUGAUGAUAUGAUCCUAGAUAAAAGGAGAAAGGAUACAGAUUUGGUUUUUAAAAAUAAUACUCAAGGAGAUAUGAGUGUUGAAACUGUCAAUUCAGAUGACAGUGAUGAAGAUUUUGAUAUUAAAGAAUUUAAUAAGCUUGAUGAGGGGAACAUUAAGCUCAAUAAUGAAAUGAAAAUAAUUGAAGAAGACAUUAUAGCUGGUAGUUCAAGUAUGCCAGACUUUAUUCCUAUCUAUGACUCACCAUCUACUGAAGAUCAUUAUAUCAGAGAAAAGUUGCUUUCUCUAAGGGAAGAGCGUCAUUUCAAAUAUGGUUACUAUGAUAUAAUUACUGGGACAUUUCAAGAUAAACUGGAUGAAAAUUUAUCAAACGGUAUUCAAAUUACAUGCACUAAUGCUGAAAUAAGUAGAUUAAAUAAUGAGCUUUAUGAAGAACAUACUGAAAUGCUAGAAAAACCUGUUUAUAGAAAGAUGUUAGAGUUUCGAAAAAUUCUACCAGCUUUCAAGAAACAAGAAGAUAUUCUGGAUGUCAUUGAUAGAAAUCAAGUGAUUGUUAUUAGUGGUGAGACUGGCUGUGGAAAAUCUACACAGAUCCCUCAACUUAUUUUAGAUAAGGCUAUGCGCAACAAAAAGGGUGCGAAUGUUAGGAUACUGGUAACACAGCCACGCAGAAUUGCAGCAUCUUCAUUGGCCAUAAGAGUGGCGAAUGAGAGAGCUGAGAAUCUUGGCAAGUCUGUUGGAUAUAGUGUUAGACUUGAAACAGUAGAAACACGACCCCGUGGGAGUAUAAUGUACUGCACUACAGGUGUUUUAUUAGUUGAGCUUGAGGUGAACCAAGCUCUGUCAAACUUUAGUCAUAUUAUAUUAGAUGAAGUGCAUGAAAGAGAUACUCAUGUUGAUUUGGCGAUGUGUAUGUUGAAACAGAUAUUAAAAAAACGUAAGGACCUUAAACUGAUUUUAAUGAGUGCAACCCUUGAUGCCGAUGUGCUGUCCAUGUAUUUCGACGACUGCCCGACUCUUCAAAUCGAAGGCCUUGCCUAUCCCGUCAAAGAUAUAUAUCUGGAAGAUAUCCUAACAUUAACAAACUAUCGUCUUCAAACUCGAAAAGAGAAAAAGCAACCUAUAUGGAUGAAAUAUAGGGAUAAGGGUCGAAGGUUUAUGGAAGACGAAAUGGUCCGAGACAUUAGAUAUAAGGCGGAAAUUGCACCCUGGCUUGAAUCAAUAAAAAAAAAGAUACCAUUUGAAGUCUACAAGACGUUGCAGGACUCGAGAAUUGAAGAUUUAAACAUAGAUUUGAUAGUAUAUCUUCUUAUAUACAUUUGCAAAGGAGACCCUGGGGCGAUACUGGUAUUUCUCCCCGGUAUUGGCGAUAUCACCAAGCUUAUUAGGCUAAUGGAAGAAAGUGGACAAUUCAAUAAAAAUACAUGCGAAAUAUAUCCGUUACAUUCGAAGUUGGCAACACUAGAACAACAUAGAAUUUUUGAAAGGCCGCGAGAUGGCGUUCGAAAGAUCAUAUUGGCCACUAAUAUAGCUGAGACGUCUAUAACGAUAGAUGAUAUAGUGUAUGUGAUAGAUUGUGGGAAAAUUAAAAUUAAUGGUUUGAACGUUGAGGAGAAUAUUUCGACUUUGAACGUUGAAUGGGUGUCUAAAGCUAAUUUACACCAAAGACGUGGUCGCGCUGGCCGCUGCCAACCAGGUAUUUGCUAUCAUUUAGUGACGUCAUACCGUGCCCAGACGCUUGCUGAUCGUCUCCUGCCAGAACUACAAAGGAGCAACUUAUUAGAGCCAGUGUUAACAGUUAAGAAGUUACGACUAGGCUUAGCUCUUGAGGCUUUCCAGAUGGUUCCAUCGCCGCCGGCUGAAAAGACCGUUAAUUGGGCAGUUCGGCAUUUACAAAAAUGCGGUGCUUUAGACGAGAAAGAGACGCUCACACCGCUAGGAUGGCAUCUGGCGCGGUUACCAGUGCACCCGGCUGCUGGGAAAUUGUUGCUUUUGGGAUCCCUGUUUGGUUGCUUGGACCGAGCUGCUAGCGUUGCAGCUGUGUGGAGUUUCAAGGACCCAUUUCAACUUGUCAUAGGUAAAGAAUCUGAAACGAAAGCUGUAAAGCGAACACUAGCAAUGGGCGAACCGAGUGACCACGUGGCUAUUUCCGAAGCCGUAAUGCAAUGGGAGAACUGCAGUAAAAGGGAGCAAAGAUCUUUUGCAUAUGAGAACUAUCUAUCCAAUAACACAUUGGAACUGCUUGUUGACAUGAAGAAACAAUUAGGACACAAUCUCAAACAGAUGGGAUUCCUGUCUAGCGGGGAUGUGCAGUCGCACUGGGAAAAUAGAAAUUGGAACAAUUUGAGUCUUUUUAAAGCGAUUGUUGCUGCAUCGCUUUACCCUAAUAUUGGACAAGUGCACUGGCGUAACCUCAGGAGUUUUAAAAAACCACCAUCUAUGGUGGCCUUCUGCCCAGAAGAUGGCAAAGUAAAAAUCCAUCCAAGCAGUGUAAUGGCAACCUCAAGUGGUAGAAAACCUAACCCAAAUGACCUUUUAUGCACCAGCCCUGGUGCCAAUUGGCUGGUUUACUGGCUCAAACAGAAGUCUUCAGAUCUCUUCGUAAUUGAUGUUACUCUAGUUUAUACAUUACCAUUGCUGUUCUUUGGAGAAUUCAUGGUUAAUGAUGAUCCUGAAAACCCAGAUAAUUGUAUAAUGUCUAUGGGAAAGGAUAUCAAUGUGCGAUGCAAUAAAAUAUCAGCCAAUAGUAUUUUAAAACUCAGGUUUUUGCUGGAUCACGUCUUGGCUAAUAAAGUGAUGGUAACCAGUACACAUUCAGUGAAGCACAGCCAAUUUGAAGAGGAGGUGUUGAAUACUGUGAUACAACUAAUAACAGCAGAAGACGAACAAACAGAAUAUAUUGAUGACGAUUUGUCUGAAGCUUCCGAUGACAACGCCUUUCGUUGA